AUGCUAGUGUCACAUGCCACUUCUGCAAGAGUGACUUUCAGUGCCACACUAUUGGGUCUCCAUUCGGCUGUCCAGUCGGCGUCUCCGUUUGCCACCAUCUUGAAGACUGCAAGCGAUCCGAGCCACAGCACGUGGGCCAUUUGUUCUGUCUUUUGUCGAUCGAAGAAAUUGGAGUCACGACAUACUAAACUUGCAAAAGCUUUGGCAUCUAGCAAGCGGAAAAAGAAGAAAAGAGACGAAGAAGAGCAUGCACAAGCACAACGUCAGCCAUUACUGCUAGAUGAGAUUCGAGAAGACGAGGUUCGACUGUUUGAAAAUGAAGUGGACCAGACAUCACUUGAGCGUCUUCGUAUUCGCUACGAAGAGGAUGAGCGGCAUUUUAAUUGGCAAGCAUUAGCGUCGCGAGUAACUUGGCUGAUAGCACUCAUCUCAAUGACAGUGUUAGCGCUCAUGUUCUUUCCACGCAUGCCUGACUACAACGUAUGCAAUCGCGAGUUUGAAUGGGAGUCUAUUCUUCACAGUAUCAUGGGCCUUGAGCCAAAAGUUGAGUAUCAGGUGCUUGUGAGUGUGAUCAACGAAAAUCGUUUCGGAUUCGUUCUGGAAUCGGGAAGGGCUGAUAUCUACCACAAUACCACGCUUGUGGGCAAGUGGGAGCUUGAUAAGCCAUGGAAAGCACAAGCUGGGGCGAUCAGUGAUGUGAUCGCAGGGAUUAAUAUAACCCCUGGAUUUGCAGGAGGUAUUGCGCUUUGGAAAGACUUUAGCAAGAAUGAGCUCAUUUUUCGUAUCAACGCUACAAUAAGUGGAUCUAUCACGUGGGGGAGAUACAAGAUUUAUCGCAUUUCGUCCUCCACUCCAGAUGUCGAGUUUCUGGUUGGGGCUGAAUAUGAUCGCAGUCUUUGCAGGUGCACAGAGUAUUUGACUCCAUCGUAA